AUGAAUCUAUGGAGCACCGCUGCUGCGGCGGCGGAGGGAGACGCCGCCGUGAUGGAGGCGUUCAUGUCCCAAGCUUCUGAUCCGUCUUCCUUCUGGCCCACAUCUGUUAUUUCCCCGCAGGCCCCUUUUGCCGUGGCUUCCUCUCCUUCCCCGCAUCAUCCGCCGCCCGCCGGAGACCAACCGGGGACCUACGCCGGCGCCGGCGCCCAGUUGAAUCAGGAAAACCUCCAGCAGCGCCUGCUGGCCCUGAUUGAAGGCGCUCGCGACACCUGGACAUACGCCAUCUUCUGGCAGUCUUCGACCGUUGACUACGGCGGCUCGCCGGUGCUGGGCUGGAGCGACGGCUUCUACAAGGGGGAGGAGGACAAGGCCAAGCGCCGGACCGCAUCGUCCCCGUCCGAGCAGGAACACCGGAAGAGGGUCCUCCGGGAACUCAAUUCCCUGGUCUCCGGCCCUCAGGCCGUCGCCGAAGACGCCGUCGACGAGGAGGUCACCGACACCGAGUGGUUCUUUCUCAUAUCCAUGACCCAGUCCUUCGUCUCCGGGUCCGGCAUCCCGGGCCAGGCUCUGUACUCCUCGAGCCCUAUCUGGGUCACUGGGCCCGAAAGGCUCGCCACCUACCCCUGCGGCCGGGCCCGCCAGGCCCACGAGUUCGGCCUCCAGACCCUCGUCUGCAUACCCUCCUCCACCGGCGUCGUCGAGCUCGGCUCCACCGAAGUAAUCUUCCAGAGCUCGGAUCUCACCAGGAGAGUGAAAACCCUGUUCAAUUUCGACCGACCCAAAUCCGGCCCUGCCUCCUGGACCCCGCCGGACCACGACCCGGCCACCCUCUGGAUGGCCGACCCCUCCUCCUCCGCCGCCGCCGCCAUGGAUCUGAGGGAUCCACUAAAUAACAAUAACAUCACCACCACCGCCACCACCGCCGCCACCGCCGCCGCCGCCGCCGCCGGCCACCCGACCCAAGUAAUUCCCAAUUCCCAAAUCGCUCUAUUAGGCGACCAAGUCCCCAGUCCCGGCGCGUUAACCCACGCGCCCCUCCCCGUCAAGGAUCUCAACUUCUCCGAAUUCAGGCUCAACGAGACCACCCCAUGCCUCCAGAACACCGGUCCCUGCAAGCCCGAAUCAGGAGAGAUACUCAACUUCCGCAACAUCAGCCCGUUCCAGCCCCACGUCGAGCAAAUCAACAACAACCCUAGCCGAAAGAAAGGAUCCUCCGCCAUCUCCCGAUGCAGCAUCAACAACAACCACAACAAUGACGAAGGCAUGCUUUCCUUCACCUCCGGCGCCAUCGUCAAAAUCGACGACAGCUGCACCAUAAUCGACUCUGACCAAUCGGACCUCGAGCCCUCCACGGUUCGUGAAGCCGAGAGCAACCUAGCCGCCGCCGCCAGUGCAAUCCCCUCUCCGCCGGAGAAGAAGCCCCGGAAGCGCGGCCGGAAGCCGGCCAACGGUCGGGAGGAGCCCCUCAACCACGUGGAGGCCGAACGGCAGAGGCGGGAGAAGCUCAACCAGAGAUUCUACGCCCUCCGAGCCGUUGUCCCCAACGUGUCCAAGAUGGACAAGGCUUCCCUUCUCGCCGACGCCAUCUCGUACAUCAACGACCUCAAGUCGAGGCUCCUGGCGGCAGAGGCCGACCGGGAGGACCUCCGGCGGCAGCUCGAGCCGCACGGGAAUCAAGAAGUUGGCUCCGGACGUGGUGGGGUUGGGUUCGGGGAUGUCGAGGUUGAAGUGAAGAUCAUGGGACGGGAUGCCAUGAUUCGGGUGCAAUGUGGGAAGAGGAACCACCCGGCGGCUAAGCUGAUGUUGGCGCUUCGGGAGCUCGAUUUAGACGUGCACCACGCCAGCGUGUCGGUUGUCAACGACAUUAUGAUACAGCAAGCGACGGUAAAGAUGGACAGUCGGUUUUUCACGCAGGAACAACUCAAGGGGGCUCUCGUCUCAAGGUUCGGCGAGGCCCGGUGA